AAUAAAUAUCUUUAUACUUUUUCUCUUUUUUUAAUAUUUUUCCUGUUCUUUUUUUUAUUAUUAUUAUUAUUAUUUAUUUAAUCUAAAAUGCCUUCAACAAUUCAAAUGCAAUCUAUUUCAGAUAUUAUUACUCAAAUACAUGUUACAAUGGAGGAAGUACCUCCUGCGUUAGUAGGUGCUUCGGUCGAUAUUAUUGACGAUAAAGUAUAUGUUUUUGCUGGGCGAUUAGCAACAUCUCGUAAAAUGACAAAUAAUUUAUACAUUCUAAAUUUGAACACUUUAUGCUGGACUAGACAUAUUCCUCCACCAGAUUCCGAUAAACCACCUAAAGCACGAUAUUUUCAUUCUACUAGUGUUUAUAAUAAUAAGCAGCUUAUUAUAUUUGGAGGUAUGGGAUAUUCUAGAAUAUCAAGUGAUGGAUUAUGUGUUCUAGAUGAUAUAUCAGUAUUUGAUACGGAGACAAUGUGUUGGAAAAAGCCCUUAAUACAACCUUCACUUUACUCUCCACAACCUCGUUAUGCUCAUUUAUCGAGUAUAACUGAAGAUAAAUUAUUAGUGAUAGGAGGUCAAGACCUGGAAAAUAAUUAUAUAGAUGAAUUGAAUAUAUUAAAUUUAAAGACUUGGGAAUGGGAACAAGUAAAGACAUUUGAAAAGCAUGUUGGGGCUUAUAGAUCAAUUACCGUUACUGCACCUUCUGAGAAUAGUAAUGGUGGACGACGUAUCUCUGUCAUACGCUCUUCUUCAACAGCAGCAGCAGACGAAAUAAACCCUAUUUAUCUUUACACUAAUUACAAUUUUGCUGAUGUUAAACGAGAAUUACAACUUAUCUAUCCUUCUUCACAAACAAUUCUAUUUGAAGACUGUUCUAAUUAUUUAAAUGGUUCAAUCAUGCCUCCUGGCUUAAGGUUUCCUACAGGUCACACUCUAGGAAAUCAUUUGAUUUUAGCUGGUACUCAUUUAUCACCUCAAUCUCAAUCCUAUACAAUUUGGUCAUUGGAUUUUAGUAAACUUACUUGGUCACGCAUUGAAACAGGAACGAUAUUUAGUACGGGCUCUUGGAAUCGAGGUGUCCUUCAUGAAAAUACAAAUCGUUUUAUCGUAUUUGGUAAUUCAAAUAGAAGUCUAUUAGAUGACUAUAAUCAUCGACAAAUCAAUUUUGAUCAUAUUGCUAUGGUCGAUUUAGAAGCCUUUGGUGUUUAUUCAUUACCAAAGACAACCUGUUCAACUUUAGCUCAAGAGAUGGGCCUUCGUCUUUUAAAUGAACCUGCUAUUUCUGACUUUUAUAUCAUUACGCAAGAUAAUUUAAGUAUUCCUGUCAAUUCAGCCAUCUUAUGUCAACGCUGGAUCUACUUUGCUAACUUGAUGAAAAAUAAUCAACAAAUCAUUACUACUCCACCCACCUCAAAACAAAUUUCAUUGAUAAAAAGUCGUUACAUGUCAUUUCCAUACCCUCAUGCAGUAGUUAUUGCAUUAUUACAAUUUAUUUAUACUGACAAUUUAUUAACUGCACAACAAUAUCAACCUCAAAUAUUAUCUCAAUUGUUAUUACUUUCUGAUAUGUAUGAUAUUCCAAGACUUCGUGAAUUAGCGACUCACGCAUUACAUCAAAUGCUUAACAUGUCAACCGCUCCAUUAAUAUUUGAAACUGCUGCAUUGUCACAUCAAACAAGUCUUCAAAUUCGUGCACUUAAAAUGAUGAUUGCAGCAAAGAAAAUGAUUCAACAACAACAACAACAACAGCAGCAGCAGCAGCAGCAGCAACAACAACAACAACAACAACACCAUAAUCUAAGUUCAUUACAACAAAGAACAUCUACGAUAAGUAACCAUCAAACUAAUCUAUAUUCUCCUAAAGCUACAAUCAAUUACACUCCACUUCAAACAAGAUCUUAUCCAGCAUCGGAAUUAGAUUUGAAUAAGACUACAAUUGAACCGUCAAAGCCAAUAAAAGAAAAAAAGAAGAAGAAGGCCUUUUUAGAAGCAUUUGGUAAAUUAUCUUCGUCUAUUUCAUUUCAAAGUAAUAAUAAUUAAAUGAUAUAAUAUACAUGCAAGUAUGUCUGUAUUUUUUUUUUUUUUAUUGUCACUAUU